CAGUCUGUAGGAUAUAAAAGCAAGUAGUCUGUACUCUGCCUCUCCAGAAUCUUCUUAACCAUUGGUUACUGCAGAUAAACAAUUUCAAGAUUAUAAAACCUCCCAGACUAAGACUCUUCAGAACUCCAACAUGAUGCUGCUCCUCUACCUGUUUGCUUUGGGUCUGGCUGCUGUACCUCCAUCUGAUGGACAAGAACUAAAGCAACAGAGAAAUUCAAACUGUCCUAAGUUCUGGUUCGGCUUCAAUGGACGCUGCUACAUCUAUGUCGCCACUUCAAUGACCUGGGCUGAUGCAGAGCAGCACUGUGUGAACCAAGGAGCCAACCUGGUGUCCAUCCACAGUCUGGAAGAAGAGAACUUUGUCAAAAGGCUGAUCAGAAACAUUGCUCAAGUUGAUAAUAUCUACUGGAUUGGACUGUCUGACAUUCAUAAGGAUGGGACAUAUUUCUGGUCUGACGGGUCUCGAUUCAACUUCAGCUUUUGGAAUGCAGGAGAACCAAACAACAAUGGAGGAUCUGAACCCUGUGUGCACAGCAACGUGGGCUCAGCCAAGGGAUGGAACGAUACAUUGUGUAGACUCAAAUACUCUUUUGUUUGUAAAGCUCGUCCGGCUUGCUGAGAAUGUAAUUCUGAAUCUGCUCAGCUAUUUUAAAUGUGUUGAUUAGAAAAUAUCAAACUGAACAUGAGGAAUAAAACAUGCAAAAGUUUUUGUGUAAUUAGGUUUUUCCUACUUAAUUUUUGACCUUUGUUUAUCAUUCUUUAUAAAUACUCCUUUGUU